ACGCCAAAUGCUACUACGGACCGUAUCGGCCGCCACCGCCGAGACAACCGUCGCAAGCAAGAACAACUUUCUCGAUCUCUUUAAAAGAUCAACUUCUGUAGCUCACCUUGCACAAACCCAUGCUCAGGUCAUUGUCCAUGGCUUCCGAUACGAUAUCUCAUUGCUCACCAAGCUUACCCAACGACUCUCCGACCUCGGCGCCAUUUACUACGCACGCGACCUUUUCCUCUCCGUUAGAAGACCUGACGUUUUCCUUUUCAACGUCCUCAUGCGCGGCUUCUCAGUUAACGAAUCACCUCACUCUUCGCUCUCUGUGUUCGCCCAUCUGAGGAAAUCCACUGAACUCAAGCCCAACAGCUCAACCUACGCCUUCGCUAUCUCGGCUGCUUCUGGGCUUCGUGACGAGAGACCUGGCUGUGUUAUUCAUGGUCAAGCGGUCGUUGAUGGGUGUGACUCAGAGUUGCUGCUUGGGUCGAACAUUGUUAAAAUGUACUUCAAGUUUUUGCGAGCCGGAAAUGCUAGGAAGGUGUUCGAUAGAAUGCCUGAGAAAGACACAGUUUUGUGGAACACGAUGAUCUCUGGGUACCGGAAGAAUGAAAUGUAUGAGGAAGCUAUUCAGGUUUUCAGGGAUUUGAUCAGUGACAGUUGUAUACGUUUGGACACAACAACUCUGCUUGAUAUUCUUCCCGCUGUUGCAGAGUUGCAGGGGCUGACACUCGGGAUGCAAAUCCAUAGUCUUGCGACAAAAACUGGAUGCUACUCCCACAAUUAUGUUCUUACCGGAUUUAUCUCACUAUACUCCAAGUGUGGAAAGAUUAAAAUGGCAACUACUCUGUUUCGUGAGUUUCAUAAACCAGAUGUAGUAGCUUACAACGCAAUGAUCCAUGGAUACACAUCCAAUGGGGAGACCAAUCUCUCCUUAAGCCUGUUUAAAGAGCUGGUGUUAUCAGGACAAAGGUUGAACUCAAGCACGCUAAUGAGUCUGAUCCCUGUCUCUGGUCAUCUUAUGCUUAUAUAUGCCAUUCAUGGUUACAGCCUGAAAUCAAAUUUCCUGUCUCAUACAUCUGUCUCAACCUCGUUAACUACGGUUUACAGUAAAUUGAAUGAGAUAGAAUCAGCCCGGAAGCUUUUUGAUGAGUCUCCGGAAAAAAGCUUGCCAUCUUGGAAUGCAAUGAUAUCGGGUUACACCCAAAACGGGUUGACAGAGGACGCGAUAUCUCUCUUCAGAAGAAUGCAGAAGUCUGAAUUCAGCCCAAACCCGACCACUAUAACUUGUAUUCUGUCGGCUUGUGCGCAACUAGGAGUGUUGAGUUUGGGAAAAUGGGUGCAUGAUUUAGUUAGGAGCACAGAUUUUGAGUCUAGCAUAUAUGUGUCAACAGCUUUGAUUGGUAUGUAUGCGAAGUGUGGAAGCAUUGCAGAAGCACGUCGGUUGUUUGACUUGAUGCCGAGGAAAAAUGAAGUUACAUGGAACACAAUGAUUUCUGGUUAUGGGCUUCAUGGACAUGGACAAGAAGCUCUGAAUAUCUUCUCUGAGAUGUUGAAUUCCGGCAUUCUACCAACACCAGUCACUUUCCUCUGUGUGCUUUACGCUUGUAGUCAUGCCGGCCUCGUCAAAGAAGGUGAUGAGAUAUUCAAUUCCAUGAUCCACCGGUAUGGUUUUGAACCAUCAGUCAAGCAUUACGCCUGUGUGGUUGAUAUUCUUGGCCGAGCAGGACACUUACAGAGAGCAUUGCAGUUUAUAGAGGCAAUGCCGAUUGAGCCUGGUCCUUCUGUGUGGGAAACGCUGCUAGGAGCUUGUAGGAUUCAUAAAGAUACAAACCUCGCCCGAACGGUCUCUGAGAAGCUGUUUGAGCUAGAUCCAGACAAUGUAGGAUACCAUGUUUUGCUUUCAAAUAUUCACUCAGCUGAUAGAAACUAUCCACAGGCUGCUACUGUUAGACAAACCGCCAAGAAGAGGAAACUAGCCAAAGCUCCUGGAUAUACCUUAAUAGAGAUAGGUGAGAUGCCACAUGUCUUUACCUCAGGUGAUCAGUCACAUCCACAAGUAAAAGCAAUCUAUGAGAGGCUGGAGAAGCUCGAAGGGAAGAUGAGGGAAGCUGGGUAUCAACCAGAGACUGAGUUGGCCCUGCACGAUGUGGAGGAGGAAGAAAGGGAGCUCAUGGUGAAGGUUCACAGCGAGAGGCUAGCCAUUGCCUUUGGACUCAUAGCCACUGAGCCAGGAACAGAAAUCCGGAUCAUGAAAAAUCUUCGCGUCUGUUUAGACUGUCACACCGCAACCAAACUCAUCUCAAAGAUCACAGAGAGAGUGAUUGUUGUAAGAGAUGCCAACCGCUUCCAUCACUUCAAAGAUGGUGUCUGCUCAUGCGGAGACUAUUGGUAGUGACUUGUUAUAGUGUACUACUCAUCCUGUAACAUUAUAUCACUCAUAAUUGAUCAUUCAUUUCUGACUCAACAAGCUUUGAAUACUUGUUACCAUCUAUAUGAGUACGCUUAAAAUGUUGAAAACUUAA